GGGAAGUCCAAAAUUUUGUUCAAGGAGAAUAAUAAACACGUAGACGUUGAAUUGAACAGAACACAGACGUAGCUGCAAACAAAGACGAAGAAGGAGAGAGUCCUGAAACCCACACACAAACACAGCAAUCUUCUCCUUUCUCUUCACACAUUCCAUAUGCAAGCAUGAUUCUAUUUAAUACCCAAACUACGUGAAACACUAGACACACAAAUUGGGUCUUGGAGGAAUCUUCCAUCAUGUCUGGUUACAGCCCCAUGUUCCUCGUAAUCCUCAGUGUCGUCGUAGGUUUCACGAUUCGGUGGUUCCUGUUCAAAACGGGAUUGAUACACACCAUAAGAAUACGCUUCCCAAGGGUCGUGGAUUGGUUCCACGUGUACCAGUUCCUCAAAGUCCCCGAAUUUAACGAAACCAAUAUGCAGCGGAAUAACCUUCACCGCAAAGUUUCUCUCUAUUUGCAUUCCCUCCCUUCAAUAGAAGACGCUGACUACACCAAUCUCAUAACCGCUAAUGACCAAAGCGACAUCGUUUUGCGCCUCGACCCGAACCAAACCAUCGAGGACCGCUUCCUCGGGGCCAGACUCUAUUGGUUCAACCAAAAAACCGAACCGAACCGGAUUUCCUCCUUCGUUCUCCAAAUCAGAAAAACUGAUAAACGCCGCAUCCUCCGCCAGUACCUCCGCCACAUCGACACCAUCGCCGACGAGAUGAACAACCAAAGCAAGCGCCAUUUACGGCUGUUCAUGAACGCCGGCGCCGGCGGAGGAACACGGUGGAGAUCCGUUCCGUUUAAUCAUCCGGCGACGUUUGAAACGAUGGCGAUGGAGAAGGAUCUCAAGAACAAGAUCAAAUCAGAUCUCGAAUCGUUUCUCAAGGCGAAGCAGUAUUACCGGAAACUCGGCCGCGCGUGGAAGAGGAGCUAUCUCUUGUAUGGUGCCUCCGGCACCGGAAAAUCGAGCUUCGUCGCCGCGAUGGCGAACUUCCUCCGCUACGACGUGUACGACGUGGAUCUCUCCAAGAUUCGCGGCGAUUCGGAUCUGAAGUUUCUGUUGACGGAAACGACGGCGAAGUCGGUAAUCCUGGUGGAGGAUCUGGACCGGUUUAUGGAACCAGAAUCGGAGACAGCGACGGCGGUUACCGCGUCGGGAAUCCAGAGCUUCAUGGACGGGAUCGUUAGCGCGUGUUGCGGCGAGGAGAGGGUGAUGGUGUUCACGAUGAACAGCAAGGAGUGCGUGGACCCGAACCUGCUGCGGCCGGGUCGGGUCGACGUGCACAUCCACUUUCCGGUGUGCGAUUUCUCGGCGUUCAAGACGCUGGCGAGCAGCUACCUCGGCGUGAGGGAGCACAAGCUGUUCGCGCAGGUGGAGGAUAUUUUCCGGCACGGUGCGACUCUCAGCCCCGCCGAGAUCAGCGAGUUGAUGAUCGCGAACCGGAACUCGCCGAGUCGCGCCAUCAAAUCGGUGAUCGGGGCGCUGCAAUCGGACGGUGAAGGGAGAAGAUCGUACGCGGAUUCAAUCGGACGGCGGAUAGAGGGUGAUGACGUGGACGAAGCGCCCUGUGGUGGGGACGGGUUCUCUACGGUUAAGGAUUUAAGGAAGUUUUACGGUUUCUUCAAAUUGCGGAACCCCAGAAGAACUUCUCAACAGUCCAACUCCUCGCCCCAUGAUAGAUAAUGAUGAAAGAUGAAAAUAAAUGUUUUGAAAACUUUUAUCAAUUUUGGGGCCAAAGUUUCUGUUAAAAACAAAAAUACCUAAUGCAUUUAUUGGCAAGAUACUCCCAAUCAAAAGUGAUUUGCCAUGGCAUGACAAUGUAAAAAAAUUAAAUGAUAGAACUAAAAACUUUCUUAAUGUAAAAGAAAAUUAGAAAACUACUCCAUUGUGAAGUUUUGUUUUUCAAUUUGGAUGAAUGGGGAGUCAUUUGUAUGGAUUUCACAUUGGAAAAAAAAAACUAAAAGGUUUGCAUGUUUUGUUGUAACAAAAAAAAAUGUUCACAUGUUUUUGAUUUUUUUUUCCCCCUCU